AUGGCUAAUUCUUUCUUUCUUUCUUUCUUCCAUUCAUUCAUUCAUUCAUUCUUUCUUUCUUUCAUUGUUUGUUUGUUUGUUUCUUUCUCUUUUCAUUCUUUCUUUCUUUCUUCUUUCUUUCUUACUUUCUUUCUUUCAUCCUUUGUUUGUUUCAUUCAUUCAUUCAUUCUUUCUUUCGUUCAUCUUUUUUUGUUUGUUUCUUUCUUUCUUUUAUUCAUUCAUGCAUUCUUUUUUCUUUCUUUUUUUCAGCCUUUCUUUCAUUCAUUGUUUGUUUGUUUGUUUCUUUCUUUCUCUUUUCAUUCUUUCUUUCUUUCAUCCUUUGUUUGUUUCAUUCAUUCAUUCACUCAUUCAUUCAUUCUUUCAUCCUUUUUUUCUUUGUUUGUUUCUUUCAGUCAUCCUUUUUUCUUUCUUUUUCAUUCUUUCUUUCUCUUUUCUUUCUUUCUUUCUUUCUUUCUUUCCUUCUUUCUUUCUUUCUUUCAUCCUUUGUUUGUUUGUUUCUUUUUUUCCUUUCUUUCAUCCUUUGUUUGUUUGUUUGUUUCUUUCUUUCUUUCAUUUAUUCAUUCUUUUUUCUUUCUUUCUUUUUCUUUUCAUCCUUUCAUUCAUUCAUUCAUUCAUUCUUUGCACUAUUUUUACUCAAUGCAUAUAUUUUUCUUUCUUACUCCUUUUAUUCUUAAUUAUUGGCCAACGUUUAGGCAUUGUUCCCAAAGAAUAUGCUGGCAUUUAACUGAGCCGCAACAAACGCCGGCAAUACCUAUUUUGAAAACAUUACAUAAUCUGUUUCUCACUAUCUAUCUAUCUAUCUGUUCAUAUUAUCUAUCUAUCUAUCUAUCUAUCUAUUAUUUCUGCUCAUAUCUAUCUAUCUAUCUAUCUAUCUAUCUAUCUAUCUAUCUAUCUAUCUGUGUCGUUGAACAAGACUUGUUAGGUAACCUUUGUUUAGUAUUUUGCAAUUUCUGUCUUGUAUACGUACACGUGUCUUCUUUUCCCGAAACUUGUUCACAUUUUCUCGUCUGUCCACUUGUUUUACCUGUUUAUAAUUUUGGUUAUAUUUUUUUUGCACACGUCCUUCUGUAUUAUUGUCUGUUUAAAUUGUUGUUAAGCAGCGGUUUUUUACCCUCCCCUUUUAUUUAUUAA